AUGGACGCGUCGACCGGGCCUGGAGCCCCCUUGAACCUUCACAUAUCUGAAGACGGUUUCUAUGCUUCUCAUGUCAGUGGGAAGGCACUUGUUGUGCAUUCAGAUGUAGCCUCUGAAAACAAAGAAGUGCAGAUCGCAAGGCUCAAGGAAACCGGGGUCAAAACUCUCAAAUGGUUCAAUUUCAUAAACAAUCACAGCCUGUCGUCCGAUGAAAUUGACUCUCGAAGACGAAUUCUAUCUGCCAAUGACAGCCGUAUCUCGCUCUGGCAAAUUAACCCAUUGGAGAUAUUUGCCGAGGUCGAGCAUCUUGAGCCAGGAACACUGUCCGUUGAUUUUGGGUCCAACGAAAAUGAGGCCCUAGUCUUUCACGCAUGGAAUACAAAACUCAGCAUUCACUCGCUAGAGAGUGGGCGCACUUCGGUGAUCAAAACGCCCAAGUUUGCCCAUCAUCUUGGGUUCGGUUAUCGUCCCAAAACCAGACAACUCGCUAUCCUGCUCAAACCAGAGACUUCUGAUGUCCUGACUGUCCAUGAACCAGGCUCUUACGAUCUCGUCAACAAAGCUGUUCUGUCCACGAUAGAUGCUCAGGGCUUGAAGUGGAGCCCGGAUGGCAAAUGGAUUGCUGUCUGGGAUACCGCAAGUGCAGGAACGAAGGUACUCAUCUUCACGGCUGAUGGACAGCUUUUCAGAACUUACACUGGGUCAACUGAAUCGGAUGACUCCUUCGAUCUGGGUGUCAAACAACUCGAAUGGAGCCCUGCAUCCCAGCCAGGGGCCUGUGAUACUUUAGCCGUUGGCAAAGUCAAUGGAAACAUUGACCUACUCCGAACCCGAACGUUCUCCUCCCCAACCACCCUUUCCCACGUAUUCCAGACGGAUCAAAAAUACUCCAGUAUCUGGCGCGAGCGAUAUAUUGGUGCUGCAGGAGAUGCCGAGUAUGCCGAGACAUCCGCUUCUUCCGCUUUCAACAUGAGCCCUGAGUCCGCUGGACCACCGCGCGGUGUCUUGGCCAUUGCUUUUAGCCCGGACGGUCAGUUCCUUGCAAGCGUCGACACCUCAAGACAGAAUGUCGUUUGGAUUUGGUCGCUGGAAUCCCCUCCAAUAAUUGCCUCAGUUCUGGUUCAUGAACAGCCAGUUCGACAAAUUUCCUGGCACUCUUCGACUCCACAGCUGCUCAUCAACACUCUUACCAAUGGCCUUCCAACCAUUCGAUGGUGGUCACCCCAGGACCAUCCUGUCAUUGCGCAGGUCCCUGUUCAACGAAGUGAAACUGGGAAAUACGACGUGAAAUGGGCCACAGAUUCAAGUGUUGACUCGGUGUUCUGGUUUGGUUCAACGGAACAACACGUCAUUGGAUAUCUCUCUGCUCAAAACGGUGGCGUCGAAUUCGAGGUGCUGAACUCGGUAAGCAGCAAGCAGGGUGGGUCUAAUACAGGUAGCCUACGUCGGUCGUUAAGAAUUGGGUCGCAUGGCUCACGCUCCUAG